AUGCUGCCGCUGCUGCUGUCCCUGCUGUGGGCAGGGUCCCUGGCUCGGGGUUCGAGCUACUACUGGCUGAAGGUGCAGGAGUCCGUGACGGUGCAGGAGGGUCUGUGUGUCCGCGUGCCCUGCUCCUUCCACUAUCCCCGGAGCUACCGGGACGUUCCAGCUCACGGCUACUGGUUCCGGGAAGGGGCCAAUGAGAAGCUGGAUGCCCCUGUGGCCACGAACAACCCAGAUCGUAAAGUUCAGGAAGAGACCCAAGGCCGAUUCAACCUCCUAGGGGACCGUGGAGACAACGAUUGCUCCCUGGACAUCAGAGACGCCAGGAGGAGGGAUGAAGGUUCAUACUUUUUUCGUGUGGAAAGAGGAAAUGCACUAUGGAGUUAUAAGUUUAACCAGCUCUCCUUGCAUGUGACGGCCCUGACCCACACACCCCACAUCCUCAUUUCUGGGGUGCUGGAGUCUGGCCGCCCCGGGAACCUGACCUGCUCUGUGCCCUGGGCCUGUGAGCAGGGCACGCCCCCCAUCUUCUCCUGGACGUCAGCUGCCCUCACCUCCCUGGGGCCCAGGACCCAGCUCUCCUCAGUGCUCACCAUCACCGCACAGCCCCAGGACAAUGGCACCAAUCUCACCUGUCAGGUGAAGUUCCCCACAAGUGGUGUGAUCGUGGAGAGGACCAUCCAACUCAAUGUCACAUGUGCUCCACAGAACCCAACAAGAGGUGUGUGCUUAGGGGAUGGCACAGGAAAAUCGGGGACCAGGGCAGGAGUGAUUGAGGGGGCCAUUGGGGGAGCUGGUGUCACCAUGUUGCUUGUUCUCUGCCUCUGCCUCAUCUUCUUCACAGUGAAGACCUACAGGAAGAAGGCAGCCAGGACUGCAGUGGGUGUGGAGGACAUCCACCCUGCCAUAGGGCCAACUUCCCUGCAUCACCAGCAGGAGUCCAAGUUAGAGGAUCCUCCUGACCCCACGAGCUCGGCAGGGGCCACCCCCACGUUGGGGAUGGAGCAGGAGCUGCAUUACGCCUCCCUCACCUUUCAUGGGAUGCAUCUUCAGGAGAGCACCCACUCAGAAUACGCGGAGAUCAGGACCAAGCCUCAGAGGAGGAAGCCCCAGGGAAGUGCUGACCACCAGGAGCUUCUCGCUGAGGGACCCAUCCCCGUCUUUCAUGCAUGGAGCUUCCCCGGCUGCCCCUCCUGCAUCUCACACCCAACGGGGACUGACCGGCCCGAUUUUCUGCGGACAGAGGUGUGGGAGGGACAGGCUGUGGACCGGGACCCGGGAGACACCUUUGGGCUGUACUCGCUGCUUAUGCUGCUAUUACCACCACCGCCGCUGCUGCUGUCCCUGCUGUGGGCAGGGUCCCUGGCUCAGGGUUCGAGCUACUACUGGCUGAAGGUGCAGGAGUCCGUGACGGUGCAGGAGGGUCUGUGUGUCCGCGUGCCCUGCUCCUUCUACUAUCCCCAGAGCUACUGGGACGACUCUGUUCCAGCUUUCGGCUACUGGUUCCGGGAAAGGGCCAGUAUCUACCAGGAUCCUCCAGUGGCCACAAACAACCCAGGUCGUGAGGUGCUGACAGAGACCCAGGGCCGAUUCUACCUCCUUGGAGACCCCCGGGGCUACAACUGCUCCCUGGACAUCAGAGAUGCACAGAGGGGAGACACAGGGACAUACUUCUUUAGGGUGGAGAGAGGGCCUAUUGUGAAAUAUAGUUACAUAGAGAACAUGAUCUUCCUGCAUGUAACAGCUCUGACACAGAUACCCGACAUCCACGUCCAGGGGACCCUAGAAUCUGGCCGCCCCAGGAACAUCACCUGUGCAGUGCCAUGGGCCUGUGAGAAGGGGACACCCCACACCUUCUCCUGGAUCGGGGUUGCCCUCACUUCCCUGCACCCCAAGAGUCCCCAUUCCUCAGUGCUCACCCUCACCCUGAGGCCCCAGGACCAUGGCACCAACCUCACCUGUCGAGUGACCUUCCCCAGAGCUGGCGUGAUCACAGAGAGGACCGUCAGGCUCAACGUGUCCUAUGCACCCCAGAAGCCGACCAUCAGAGUGUUCCGGAAAGAAGGCACAGGACCUGAAACUCUGGGCAAAAGCCUAUCUCUCCCAGUCCAGGAGGGCCAGUUCCUACGCCUGGACUGUGUCACCGACAGCAACCCUCCUGCCAUGAUGAGCUGGACCCGGGGGAGCCUGACCCUGAGCCCCUCAAAUUCCUCGAACCCUGGGGUCCUGGAGCUGCCCCGGGUGGAACUGGGGGACCAUGGGAAAUAUGUCUGCCGAGCUCAGCAUCCAUUGGGCUCCAAAGAAGCAUCUCUGAGCCUCGUUGUGAAAAACCCCCCGCAGCUGCUGGGACCCUCCUGCUCCCCGGAGGAUGAGGGUCUGCAUUGCAGCUGCUCCUCCCGAGCCCAGCCGGCCCCCUCCCUGCGCUGGUGGCUGGGGGAGGGGCUGCUGGAGGGGAAUUUUAGCAACGCCUCCUUCAAGGUCACCUCCAGCUCGGCUGGGCCCUGGGCCAACAGCUCCCUGAGCCUCAGCGAGGGGCUCAGCUCUGGCCUCAGACUCAGCUGCGAGGCCCUGAACGGCCACGGGAGACAGAGCGCCACUGUCCUGCUGCUGCCAGGAAGGCCAGCACCCAGGACCGGUGUGGUUUUGGGGGCCGUCGGGGGAUCUGGCGUCACAGCCCUGCUAGCUCUCUGCCUCUGCCUCAUCUUCUUCGUAGUGAAGAUCUACAGGAAGAAGUCAGCGGAGAAGGCAUCAAGCAGAGAUGGCGUCCGUCCAGCGUUGAGUACCAUCUCUCUGGGUCACCUCAAUGAAUCCUGUUCAGACAGCCCCUCAGACUACCAGACCCCAGCUCCGGCCACCUCCACCUCAGGGAAGGAGCAGGAGCUCCAUUACGCCACCCUCAAUUUCCACAGGCUAAGGACCCACAACUUUCAAGACCAGGACACCACCGAGUACUCAGAGAUCAAGAUCCGGAAAUAA